UUCGCGUGGAGUCGCUCACCAUUUUCACAAGUGUACAAUACCUACCCUAGCAACAUGGAGCACGCAGCAGAGAGCGAUGAAGACAUGGUCUCCUCACUGAGGGAGCUUCUCUGGGGGCUAGACGCACGGACCGGCAUGCGAACCACAGAUGCCCUGCUCCGCCUGGAGGAGACCGAUGACAACUUUCACAAGUAUGAAUUUGUGAAGCAGCUCAAAGCUCAGCUGGAGCGCUCUCUUGGCCGGGUCAUCGAUGACGAGAUUGAGAGGAGCUCCGUAGGCACGGGCGUCGGCUUGUCCAGUGAGCAGGAGACACUGGUGCAGCGGGUGGCUCAGCGAGUAACCAACUCUGACGCUUAUGCAGAGCUGGAGCAGAGCCUAAAGGUGCGCAUACUGGCGGCUGUGGACGUUCUUCUGGGAGGCAUGGAGGAGGAAAAGCACUCCCGGCGGCCAGGGCAAAGUGACUCAGUGCGCCGCUCUAGCAACAGCGAGAGCUUUUCAUUUGAUAACAGCUCUGACAGCGACUCAUCGUUCAACCAGGGAGCAUUCAUGUUCAUGAAUCAGGAGCAAUUCUACAGGAUUGCUGAGAACUUGGACUCAAGGCAGCCACUCGAGGUGCGCAGGGACGCACUUCAUGCCCUGUACUCGCUGCCCCCGUCGGACGUUCUGGCCAGUGAGAGCUGGAGCUCACUGCGCAAGGGACUCAUGGAUGCUCUCGGAGAUGCUGACCCCACUCUGAGCGACAAGAGCUUGCGUUUGCACGCAAAAAUGUUCACCGCCUCUUCACCGCACGUCACCAAGGAAAUCUAUACCAGCCUGGCAGAACACUUGGAGAAUGAGUUUAAUUCCCAGAUGGGCAGUCUUGGCAGCUUCUCUGGAGGGUUGGACGUUACCAAUGCUAACACGGAACAUCUGCUUAAGAAGAUACGAUUGCUGAAUGACUUUCAAAAAGAGGUGCCAUCGUUUUGGAUCCGUUCACCUGAAAAAUUAAUGGAGGAGAUUGUGGAAAGCACCCUGUCAUUCCUCGCCUGCUCAUCAGACCGCCCACAGAGAGAGGACACCACUCACAACAUCAUCCAUCCCAUUUGCCUGCUGUCAUUAUUGGACCCGAAAGCAGCCUGGUUCAAACUCUGGAUGCAUGGCUACUACAGCAGGACAGUGGUUCUUCGGCUGUUGGAGACCAAAUACAUCUCACUGAUUAAGGAUGCUGUGCAGCAGUGUUACAGCUACAGGCAGGCAUUGCAGAGCUGCCAGGAUGGGACAGAGGAGAUGAGAGCAAGCCUACAGCAGCAGACCAUUCAUAGCGGGCGAAGAACAACAUACACGCGGGCCGAGCUGCUGUACCUGCACUUUGUGCACUCGCUGUGCAUGCUGGGACGGCUGCUGAUGUACGCCCAUGGACGCAAACUUUUCCCGCUCAUCAUUGCAAAUCGCAAAGAACCAGUUUCCCUGUCAGACGUGAUGGUGCUGUGUGUCGAGCUCAUGUGCAUGCAUGGCGGAGCACCCAGGCAAUUCAAGAAACAGUCGGGAACGCGUUCUGACGUGUAUGACCCUGGCACGCUGGCGCUUGGGGUCCUGAGAAUGCUGUGCGAGGGCAAGGAGAGUGCCACCGAUUGCCUCUACAAUGACGCCGUGGUGCACGCCCUUACACUGCCGAUCUCCGCCUGCCUGGAAGGCAGAAUGAGCGGCGCCAACAAAGAAUCGACGCUGCUGCACGUGGCCGACAUUCUUGCUCGUGUGGCCUCCACGGAUCGCGGCCUCUCAUUGCUGCUGUGGGGGGAGGGCAAGCAGAGCGCCCAGGCUGGCAGGUCAUCUCCCGCGCACGUGAUCGUCGAGUUCUGCAAGCGCACGCUGGACGGACCCCUGGUCACACCCGCGGGCCCCGUGCAGCUGUCUUGGGCCGUGAUCGGAGCAUUUGUGUUCGUCUGUCGCCAACUCUACAACACGGCCGAGGGGCUCCAGGUGCUGCAGCCAUACCGUCUGCACGAUUGCCUGGCACACGCCUGGAGGGAGGCGAGCAGUGCAGUAGAGAGGGCUCCUACUCCAGUGUCUGGUGAAGACAACUGUAUGCCCUCAUCCAGCCAAGACACACAGGCAUUGCUAGCAUGGGAGGAAACUCUGCUAGAUAACCUGCUGAAUUUUGCCGCGACCCCUCGGGGGCUCCUGCUGCUGCAGCAGACCGGAGCCAUUGGCCAGUGCGUUGCAUACAUGUUCAGCCGCUACACAAGCAAGCUGCAGGUGCCAAGUGCUGAGAAGUUUGGCUAUGGAGUAAUGGUCACACAGGUGUCAGCCACUGCUCCAGGCAUUGCUGCUGUUAACAACUCUGGCUACACGAGGACUCUGGUCACGGAGCUGUGGGCCGUGCUGGAGUGUGGCCGGGAUGACGUACGUGUGCUCGCGCCGCGCCCCACCGCCCUCGACCCCAUCGACCGCAGCUGCCACAAGUUUUUCCUGGGGCUGGUGAAUUUGCUGUCCUCGUAUUACGCUGUGCGUGAGCUGCUUGGUGGGAAGAUGCUGCCCAACAAGGAAGAAUAUUCCCUGCGCGAAAUCCCUACCUCCAUUGUAGACAUUGUAGACCGACUGAUUCUGGUCAACUCCAAAGCAAAGAUACACUCCUUGUUCAACUAUGAGCAAUCGCACACCUUUGGACUAAGGCUGCUCAGUGUGCUGUGCUGCGGUCUGGACACGCUACUACUGCUGGAGAGCCAGUACCACGUAUCUCAAGCGCUGCUCGCAUGUCAAGUUGAGAAUGCGCUGGACAGCGGAGAGUUUAUAAUAGAUGGGCUGUCACUGGAGAGGAAUCAUGUGCUGGUGCAGAUGUACACCGUGGGUGGGCCAUCAGAGAGACUUCUGCCACCUCACACUCUCCUGCAGAAUGAAGACCCUUACCCCUGGCCUCUGUUCUCCUCCUACCCGGUCCCACAAGUCUACAUGCCUGAGACAAAACCCUGCUCUUACUCAAAGGAAGAGACUGAGCUAUCCAAGUUUCUGUCAAAGGGCAAUGGAGUACACAAAGACUGGCUCGCAAGCUGCCAGCGCUUGCUCUGCAAUGCCCUGGCAGUAAAAUCUUACAACCUGAGCACAAGCGUUGUGGUGGAUGUGGUGGAAAGGGUCGUGUGUGCCAUGGAGGGAGAUGUCACAGAGCAGGCCUUCAAAUUGCCUGAAUACACUGUAAACGAUGCAAAUGUCAAGACUCACUCCCUGUCUGACGUCCAACAACUUGGCGUGAAGAUGGUGGUCCGGUAUGGAAGGCAUCUAAAGUUGCUCAAGCCAAAACAGUCUUCAGUCGAAAAUCUGAGCUUCCUGUUGAAGCACAGCAAGGCUUUCCUGCAGCUGCAGCAGAAGAAGCUUGACCCAUCCUCUUAUUCCCUGCAGGGGGCGAGGCAAGACCACGAUUGGUUUGUCUCCUCCGUGUUCCUCAUGACUGGGGGAGACCGUGAGCGGAGCUGGCAGCUGCUUCGCCGCCUCUCUGGUCUGCUGGUGUCCGCCUUGCUGUGGCCGGCACGCCUGCAUGCGUCUGUUCACCUGGCUGAACAGACGGCACUAUCUGGAGUGCACCCUCUGUACUCCUGCACCUGCCACUGGGUGGAGUCCAUCCUCAAAUCAGAGCUGCCUCUUAUCUUCUCUGCAUUUCGCAUGUCUGGGUACACUCCCUCGCAGAUUUGCCAACAUUGGUUGAGCCAGUGUUUCUGGAACUACCUGGACUGGGCUGAGGUGUGCGCGUACGUGGCCGUGUGCGUGGCGCUGGGGCCCGACUACCAGCUCUAUACUUGCCUGGCCGUGCUGAGGCACCUGGAGCCUCGCAUCCUGCAGCACACGCAGAGCCAAGACCUACAGAUCUUUCUCAGGGAGGAGCCCAUUCAUGGGUUUCAGCUUGGAGAGCACCUGAGCUACAUGAAGAGCCUUGCGAAGACCUACAGGGACACAGUCCUCUCCGAGAUGAACAUCAGCAGCAGCAUCUGAUAGGAGAGACAGCUGCUAAGGUAGAGAACAUUCGAGGAAAUGGGGGCUUCGCUCGCUCGAGUUGGGACCAGUCGUCAGUAGCGGCCUGCCAUUAAGGGGGCUGGUGGACCCAGCUCAUAUCACAUAAAAAAAAUAUAUUUGAACAUCUACAUUAUCAAGAUUAUAAACAGCAUUCACCUCCUUCCCUCUCCAUUCUUCCUUACGCUACAUCCCACACCCCCAUGGGGUUCCGUGCCCCACCAAUACAUUUACACACCGGCCACUAUUGAAUUGCGUACUGACAAAGACAAAAGAUUCCCCGUUUAGCCUUAACAGACUGUUGGGGCAAGUACUGUUAACGAGCACCUAUGAAGGCCGGCACAAUGCACGAGGGGGUGGGUGGCCAGCACCACUCCCGACCAAAUGUCUCCCCAGUGGAGAUGCUUACACACUGCACCAGGUACUCAUUUCAGGCGGAGUCAACCUAGGGGAGGCCCAGGACCUGUUCAGAUAAUCGUCACUGGUGUUGGCCGUGAGCGGUAAUCGAACAUGGGUCACCGGGUUUAUAAUGCAGCGCACUAACUGCUACGCUUCCGCUCCCCACGCAUAUACACACACACAGGCAGGCGUGCCUUGUGUGGUGGUACACACCUGUAAUCAAUAGCCUGUUUGCUGCUUGUCGCAGAGGUUCACGGGGAGAAUCCAGCGGCCACCCCUGAAUAGCACUGCAGGUGUAUUAACCAUAACAAUACAAUGCGCAGUAUGCUUCAGUGUGGAAGCUAAAUAUCCCCAUAUGUUAUUCGCAAUGAUAGGCCAUUGUGUACCGGCAGCAGCAGGGUCCAAAUUUGCCAAAUUGGAAAAUUACACUGCAAUUACACGCAGCAAUCAUCGCCCUCCUACUGGUAGACUAAUGCCCCAGGUCGAUCUUGCGAAUGAGAUGCAUCCGGCUGUCGUGAGUUCCUCACCUGGUAUAACAAAACAAACUUGAAACUGGGGAGGCAGGAUCAUUAAAAUGUGGUGCUUGUGGAGAUGUUCUCCGACAGGGCAAUGUGUCAAGAUGUAGCACAGAACGUGUUUUUUUGAAGUUUAGGACCUAUUUGUGUAGAGCUUUGUCACUCGUGGCGUUUUGUUUGGGUUUUUUAUUUUUACAGGCACUAUCGCAAUAUAUUUUAAACAAACUAAAGUUGCAAAACAGGACUCUUGGAAAAUGCUGGGUUUUGUUGAGGCUUUCCCGUGCGAAUAAAGAUAUAUUUAUAUUUCAAGGGCUGAA